CCGGGUCCCCCCCACAACGCCUGACCUGCGUUUGCUGGGAGGAGAGCGGGAGAGGGAGCGCGCAUUCUGGAGCAGGCUGCUCUGACUCCGACCACAGGCUGUUUUGUGCAGGCUGUCCCUCUCCUUCGAAAUCAAGCAUCCCCUCCCUGAAGCAGCAAGCAGUGUGCCUCCAUUCGGCCACAUUUGGUAUGCAUGAGCACGGCUGCAGGGAGAGGGGAGGUGGCUUUUUUAAGAAGGUUCAGGGGCUCAGGAAACGCCACUUGACUAGACUCCCAAGUUCCAGGAAGCCUCUGCCCUAAUGGAAUUUGCAGGUGUGGAGAUGACCAUGGGAUGCCAGGGCCGUGGAGGACCGUUUAUUUUCUAGGCAUUGCCCAGAUUUGCAGUCUCUGGUCUUCCCGGUGGAAUUUGGAAGGGGUCAUGAAUCAGACUGAUGCUUCUCGACCCCUAAAUUGGACCAUCCGGAAGCUAUGCCACGCAGCUUUUCUCCCAUCUGUCAGACUUCUCAAGGCUCAGAAAUCCUGGAUUGAACGAGCAUUUUAUAAAAGAGAAUGUGUUCACAUCAUACCCAGCACCAAAGACCCCCAUAGGUGUUGCUGUGGGCGCCUAAUAGGCCAGCAUGUCGGGCUCACUCCCAGUAUCUCUGUGCUUCAGAACGAGAAAAAUGAGAGUCGCCUCUCCCGAAAUGACGUCCAGUCUGAGAAGUGGUCCAUCAGCAAGCACACUCAGCUCAGCCCAACAGAUGCUUUUGGGACCAUUGAGUUCCAAGGAGGUGGCCAUUCCAACAAAGCCAUGUAUGUUCGAGUAUCUUUUGAUACGAAACCUGAUCUCUUACUACACCUGAUGACCAAGGAAUGGCAACUGGAGCUUCCCAAACUUCUCAUCUCUGUGCACGGAGGGCUGCAGAACUUUGAACUCCAGCCCAAACUCAAGCAAGUCUUCGGGAAAGGGCUCAUCAAAGCAGCCAUGACAACCGGAGCAUGGAUCUUCACGGGAGGGGUCAACACAGGAGUCAUUCGUCAUGUUGGAGAUGCCUUGAAGGACCAUGCCUCUAAGUCUCGAGGGAAGAUAUGUACCAUAGGUAUCGCCCCCUGGGGAAUUGUGGAAAACCAGGAGGACCUGAUUGGAAGAGAUGUAGUCCGGCCAUACCAGACCAUGUCCAACCCCAUGAGCAAGCUCACCGUCCUCAACAGCAUGCAUUCCCACUUCAUCCUGGCUGACAAUGGGACCACGGGAAAAUAUGGAGCAGAGGUGAAACUCCGCAGACAACUGGAAAAGCACAUCUCACUCCAGAAGAUAAACACAAGAUGCCUGCCGUUUUUCUCUCUUGACUCCCGCAUGUUUUAUUCAUUUUGGGGUAGUUGCCAAUUAGACCCAAUUGGAAUCGGCCAAGGGGUUCCAGUGGUGGCGCUCAUAGUGGAAGGAGGACCCAACGUGAUCUCGAUCGUUUUGGAGUACCUUCGAGACACCCCACCUGUACCAGUCGUGGUCUGUGAUGGGAGUGGACGGGCAUCCGACAUCCUGGCAUUUGGGCAUAAAUAUUCAGAAGAAGGCGGACUUAUCAAUGAAUCCUUGAGGGACCAGCUGUUGGUGACAAUACAGAAGACCUUCACAUACACUCGCACCCAAGCUCAGCACCUCUUCAUCAUCCUCAUGGAAUGCAUGAAGAAGAAGGAACUGAUCACAGUAUUUCGAAUGGGAUCAGAAGGCCACCAGGACAUUGAUUUAGCUAUCCUGACAGCAUUACUCAAAGGAGCCAAUGCAUCUGCCCCAGACCAACUGAGCUUGGCUUUAGCCUGGAACAGAGUUGACAUCGCUCGCAGCCAGAUCUUUAUUUACGGGCAACAGUGGCCGGUAGGGUCCCUGGAGCAAGCCAUGCUGGAUGCCCUGGUUCUGGACAGAGUGGAUUUUGUGAAAUUACUCAUCGAGAAUGGAGUAAGCAUGCACCGUUUCCUCACCAUCUCCAGACUAGAGGAACUGUACAACACGAGACAUGGGCCCUCAAACACAUUGUACCACUUGGUCAGGGAUGUCAAAAAGCGAGAGUAUCCAGGUUUCGGUUGGAUCUAUUUUAAGGGAAACCUGCCCCCGGACUACAGAAUCAGCCUCAUAGACAUUGGCCUAGUGAUUGAGUACCUGAUGGGCGGGGCUUACCGCUGCAACUACACCCGCAAGCGCUUCCGGACCCUCUACCACAAUCUGUUUGGCCCCAAAAGGCCCAAAGCCUUGAAACUGCUGGGAAUGGAGGAUGACAUUCCCUUGAGGAGAGGAAGAAAGACAACUAAGAAGCGUGAAGAGGAGGUGGACAUUGACUUGGAUGACCCCGAGAUCAACCACUUCCCCUUCCCCUUCCAUGAGCUGAUGGUGUGGGCUGUCCUCAUGAAGAGGCAGAAGAUGGCCCUGUUCUUCUGGCAGCAUGGAGAGGAGGCCAUGGCCAAAGCCCUGGUGGCCUGCAAGCUCUGCAAAGCCAUGGCUCAUGAGGCCUCUGAGAAUGACAUGGUUGAUGACAUUUCCCAGGAGCUGAACCACAACUCCAGGGACUUUGGCCAGCUGGCUGUGGAACUCUUGGACCAGUCCUAUAAGCAGGAUGAGCAGCUGGCCAUGAAACUGCUAACAUAUGAGUUGAAGAACUGGAGCAAUGCCACGUGCCUGCAGCUGGCUGUGGCUGCCAAGCACCGUGACUUCAUUGCACACACAUGCAGCCAGAUGUUACUUACUGACAUGUGGAUGGGCCGGCUCCGCAUGCGCAAGAACUCGGGCCUCAAGGUAAUUCUGGGAAUUCUACUUCCUCCUUCAAUUCUCAGCUUGGAGUUCAAGAACAAAGACGACAUGCCCUAUAUGACUCAGGCCCAAGAAAUUCACCUCCAAGAGAAGGAGCCAGAGGAGCCAGAGAAGACCACAAAAGAGAAAGAUGAAGAGGACAUGGAGCUAACAGCGAUGCUGGGGCGAAACAAUGGGGAAUCAUCCAGAAAGAAGGAUGAAGAAGAAGUCCAAAGCAGGCACCGGCUAAUCCCCGUGGGCCGAAAAAUCUAUGAGUUCUACAAUGCACCCAUUGUGAAGUUCUGGUUCUACACUCUGGCAUACAUCGGCUAUCUGAUGCUCUUCAAUUAUAUCGUGUUAGUGAAGAUGGAGCGCUGGCCGUCCACUCAGGAAUGGAUCGUCAUCUCCUACAUCUUCACGCUGGGAAUUGAGAAGAUGAGAGAGAUCCUGAUGUCAGAGCCUGGCAAGCUGCUGCAGAAGGUGAGGGUGUGGCUGCAGGAAUACUGGAACGUCACCGACCUCAUCGCUAUCCUUCUCUUCUCGGUGGGAAUGAUCCUCCGACUUCAAGACCAGCCCUUCAGGAGCGACGGGAGGGUCAUCUACUGUGUGAACAUCAUUUAUUGGUACAUCCGUUUGCUGGACAUCUUCGGCGUGAACAAGUAUCUGGGCCCAUAUGUAAUGAUGAUUGGGAAAAUGAUGAUAGACAUGAUGUACUUUGUCAUCAUUAUGCUGGUGGUACUGAUGAGCUUUGGGGUCGCCAGACAAGCCAUCCUCUUUCCCAAUGAGGAGCCAUCUUGGAAACUGGCCAAGAAUAUCUUCUACAUGCCAUAUUGGAUGAUUUAUGGGGAAGUGUUUGCAGACCAGAUAGACCGUAAGCAAGUUUAUGAUUCUCAUACACCAAAGUCAGCCCCCUGUGGACAGAAUGAGACCCGAGAAGAUGGCAAGACAAUCCAGCUACCUCCAUGCAAGACAGGAGCAUGGAUUGUGCCAGCCAUCAUGGCCUGCUAUCUCCUGGUGGCAAACAUCCUUCUGGUCAACCUCCUUAUUGCUGUCUUCAACAAUACAUUUUUUGAGGUAAAGUCGAUAUCCAACCAAGUAUGGAAAUUUCAGAGGUACCAACUCAUCAUGACGUUCCACGAGAGGCCGGUUCUGCCUCCACCGCUCAUCAUCUUCAGCCACAUGACCAUGAUAUUCCAACAUGUGUGUUGCCGGUGGAGGAAACACGAGAGUGACCCCGAUGAAAGAGACUACGGCCUGAAACUCUUCAUAACUGAUGAUGAGCUCAAGAAAGUCCAUGACUUCGAAGAGCAGUGCAUAGAAGAGUAUUUCAGAGAGAAGGAUGACCGUUUCAACUCAUCCAACGACGAGAGGAUACGGGUGACGUCAGAAAGGGUGGAGAACAUGUCCAUGAGGUUGGAGGAAGUUAACGAGCGAGAACACUCCAUGAAGGCGUCGCUCCAGACCGUGGACAUCCGACUGGCUCAGCUGGAGGACCUCAUCGGACGCAUGGCCACAGCCCUGGAGCGCCUGACGGGUCUGGAGAGGGCGGAAUCCAACAAGAUCCGCUCAAGGACCUCCUCAGACUGCACAGAUGCAGCCUACAUCGUCCGCCAGAGCAGCUUCAAUAGCCAGGAGGGGAACACCUUCAAACUUCAAGAGAGUAUAGACCCUGCAGGUGAGGAGACCAUAUCCCCAACCUCUCCAACCUUAAUGCCCCGUAUGCGAAGCCAUUCUUUCUAUUCGGUCAAUGUGAAAGAGAAAGGUGGGCUAGAAAAGCUGGAAAGCAUUUUCAAAGAAAGGUCCCUGAGCUUACACCGAGCUACUAGCUCCCACUCAGUAGCAAAAGAACCCAAAGCUCCUGCAGCCCCUGCAAACACCUUGGCCAUUGUUCCGGACUCCAGAAGACCCUCUUCAUGCAUAGACAUUUAUGUCUCUGCCAUGGAUGAGCUCCACUGUGAUAUAGACCCUCUGGAUAGUUCCAUGAACAUCCUGGGGCUGGGCGAGCCAAGCUUUUCAACUCUAGCGCCUUCCACAGCCCCUUCAAGCAGUGCCUAUGCAACCCUCGCACCGACAGACCGACCUCCAAGCAGGAGCAUUGAUUUUGAAGACCUCACCUCCAUGGACACUCGAUCUUUUUCUUCAGACUAUACCCACCUCCCAGAAUGCCAAAACCCCUGGGACACAGACCCUCCAAUGUACCACACCAUCGAGCGUUCCAAGAGUAGCCGCUACCUAGCAGCCGCACCCUUUCUCCUAGAAGAGGCCCCCAUUGUAAAAUCCCAUAGCUUUAUGUUUUCUCCUUCAAGGAGUUACUAUGCUAACUUUGGGGUGCCCGUGAAAACAGCAGAAUACACAAGUAUUACCGACUGUAUCGACACAAGAUGUGUCAAUGCCCCUCAAGCGAUUGCUGACAGAGCCACCUUCCCUGGUGGUCUCGGAGACAAAGCAGAGGACUUAUCUUGUUGCCACCCCGAGCGAGAGGCAGAGCUCAGCCAUCCUAGCUCUGACAGUGAGGAAAAUGAGGCCAGAGGCCGGAGAGCUGCCAAUCCGAUCUCCUCUCAGGAGGCUGAAAAUGCAGACAGAACCCUAUCCAACAGCAUCACAGUUCCCAAGAUAGAGCGCGCUAACAGCUACUCAGCAGAGGAGCCAAGUGCGCCAUAUGCACAUACCAGGAAGAGUUUCUCCAUCAGUGACAAGCUUGAUAGACAGAGGAACACCUCAAGCCUACGAAAUCCCUUCCAGAGAAGUAAGUCUUCCAAGCCGGAGGGCCGAGGGGACAGCCUAUCCAUGAGGAGAUUGUCUAGAACAUCAGCUUUUCAUAGCUUUGAGAGCAAGCACAACUAAACCUUCUUACCAUGUGUUGCAGGAGGCUCGAGAAUCCAGCACUAAAACUCUCCCCAUGUCCACCUUGUUCCCCCCACUUCCUUGAGUUAUAUCCGCUUUACUCUUAGCUGAGCAAAACAUUGCCUUGGGAGAUGUUAACUCAAAGGUAACCUCUGGGCCACAGGUCAAGCAAGCAUUCCGUCUGGCCCAGUGCCAAACACAGGGUUUUCUGGCAUGUUCACACUUGUUGGGAAGGGAGGGGAAAAGAGGAAGGAAAGGGUUUAGAGAUGAAUGCGUGUAACCAGGCACCACAGAAAGCCACGAGCUCUGGGGAACGAGCUCAAGCAUUCUCCAUGCCAGCAGGCAUCUUGGGACUUCUGCCCUGUUACCAAGAGUUGAGGAGACAGGGCUAAAAUUACAAAAUAAGAUAAAAUAGCCAGCAUGCAAGAUGAGAUAUUCUAAACUUCCAUUCUGUUUUCUUUUCACAUUGGUUCCAUCACUGGUGACUGAUGAAGAACAUCCCUUUUAUUCAGUAUAAGCCGGCAGCAAGCAGUUCUACCUAACGUCCCACAUCCUUCUCAUGCCAACACUUCUGUAAUUGGUCAUUAUAAAGAAAAACAAGGUAACAGUCAUAUAUACAGUUCGCCUGUCUCUUAUAUAUUCACUUCUGGUGCCACAACUGUUUAUCUCUUUAGAAGAAAUAAGGGAACAGAAUUGCCUUUUUUUGUCCUUUUUGUCUUGCAAUCGAAAUGAAAGAAGAGUUGAUGUUGAAAGCAAGAGUGAUAUGAUUUAUAAUAUACCAUGGGCAACCAAGUGUAUAGUCAAGCAAGCUCAGGACGAAUGUAACUAGAUAAUUUUAUAUUUUUAAGUUAUUUUGUAUCUCACCUGUCAUCAGUGAAUUCACUCAUCCAAUAUGUAAUAUUGAACUUUAAGAAAAACAGCAAGGGGAAGAAGUAACAUUACGUUGCCACGUGGGAUGUCGUUAGUCUCACCAUCCAUAUGUGUCAUGCUGCUGUGUGGCCUUCUUCAUUUGCAUGUCUCCACUGUGUCCUCCGAGCACCUUCAAGAUGUAACUGCCAAAUUCCCACACCACUCAUCACAUGACCAUUUUGUAUUUGAACACAUGGUUAUACGUGGAUAUUUUCAUACCUAGAAUUUAGCCAUCGAAUCUGGGCUCAGCAUAAACUUCAUCGGAGUUUCUCAAGGGCUGGCAUCAUUUUUAUGGAAAUGUUCCAAAGUACUUUUGUUUUGUUUUGCUUUUUUUCCAAGACAGGGUUUCUUGUUUGUAACAGCUCUGACUGUCCUGAAACUCACUUUGUAGACCAGGCUGGUCUCGAACUCACAGAGAUCCGCCUGCCUCUGCCUCCCGAGUGCUGGGAUUAAAGGUUUGUGCCACCGCCGCCUGGCUCCAAAGUGUUUUUUAAGGAAGUUUAAAAACCAUAAAUAAUCUUAGACUUGACUCGGGGCUUGACAUCCACCCAAAGCCAUCAGUUGCAGGCAGACCAUGAAAAUGUUUAUUUACAAAGUUAUACAAAAGGUAUAGUAGGCCAAAAGAGAAAAGCAAAUAUAGCUUAUGCAGAAUUCUAUAGUUUAUGCUGUUUAUGUACACACACACACAUGCACAGAUACAUGUUUAUAUACAGUAAUAAAGCAGACAGAGAAAUUUCUUAACAGGCUUGACUUCCUGUCAUCUGAAGGUAUAGCCAAGAUUAUUUUUUAAUAUUGAAGAAGCUUCACUGGAAAAAGUUUCACUGUGCUAUUGGACCCACUGCUGAAAUUACAAUUUUUAAAAAGUCUCUGCCUUUUUAAUCUUUUCUUACACUGAACAAGAACUGUCAAGUUCACCCCUGCCCUCUGCCUCCUCCUGUUUGGAAGCACGCACUAUCGUGACAUCUCUUUCACUCUGGUUUCUCUGGCAGGAAGCUAUUACCACCAACUACAAUCGGAAUAGAUGUGUGAUUCCAAGCUAGUUUGUAUGACACAGCCUAGAAUGGAGGCGUAAGUUUCUAAACUAGAAUCUAGAUUUGAAGUGGAAUAAGAAAAUCUCGACCACAAAAUUUUGGAUUCCUAUUUGGAUCACUGAAUAUUUUAAAAUAAUAAAGUCUUUAAGAAAACUAAUUUGGAGCCAGGAGUAGUGGUGAUACACACCUGUGAUCCCGGUACUUGGAGAGAUGAGGCAGGAGGAUGAGGAAUUCAAAGUCAACCUCUGCUACACAUCAAGGUCAAGGCCAAUCUGGACUACAUGAGACCCUGUCACGAAAAAGGAAAAAAAAGAAAAGAAAACAUAAAAAGAAAAAUAUUCUGAGGCUAGGGCUGGGGCUCACUUCCUUAGCAUACUCAAGGCCCUGUGUUCCAUACCCAGUGGAGGCGGGGGGGAGAAGGAGAAGGAAGGGAGAGAGGAAAAACAGAAACAUGAUUCAUGUCCCUGGCCCCAGAUGCUCCCUGGUUCUUUUAACCAUUUAUCUCAUUUGGUGACAUCAAGUCAAUCCCUCACAAAACAUCUAGCCUUUAUAUAUAUAUAUAUUAAGAAACCAAGCUUUCCAUCCUAAAACAAGUGGCAAGCUCACAUACAUGUAGAAUCAGUUUUCAUCCCUGGUAUUUCGGUAACACCCAACCUCUUCGUUGAAAACUAUGCUGGAGACACAUCCUUAUUGAUCUCUCUCCCAACAGACAUGCAUUGAAUCCGAGAGUAAAUCAUUUGACUCGAAGCUUCCUUGAGCCAUGAGUCCCUGUGAGCACCUCACGUCACCCCCCCCCAAAUUCACAUCCAUGUGAAGCUGCAAUGUAACUUUCAGGGGUUCAUGACUCCCCUGUUUCCGCGGUGGCUGAUGAAGAGAGAGACCAUGUUCAUCAGCAGCCAAGCUGAAACAGGCACUAUACACUUUUAGACCAUUUCCCUGUGACUUUUUGGAAGGCCAUGUCCCUGUGUUUCUGUCCCUUACCGUAGAUACGGUUAGCUGGAUGUGGUUGGGCCACUUCCAUGACUUUGAUUAGCAAGGAUUCUCAAAGGCAGAGACUGAGGGAAUCCAUAAAGAAGUUCAAGAAAAUGAGUUUGUCAUCUGUGACCACAGGGCAGGUGCCAAGCACUGUGGGGCCUGGCUUGGGACCUCACUGGAAGCAAGGGAGAGAAAGGACAAGCCUGAGUGUCUCUGUUGGUUGUGACCACCUGAGAGCAAGAACGUGACCUGGGAAAGGAAACACUUAACAGUCCUGAGCUUUUGUUCUGCAUGAAAAUUAAGUGCUAGCCUCCUUGGUGAAGUGUGUAGAAUCUCUAAGCCAAAUGUCAACAACUUCAGACACAAACUGUGUAGGCCUCAUAAGCCAUCUCUUUCCUGUACGUGCGUGCGUGCGUGUGUGUGUGUGUGUGUGUGUGUGUGUGUGUGUGUGUGUGUGUGUGUUCUUUUCAGUCCCAUCUCCUUCCAUGUCUGGGUUCUCCGCACCAGUGUGGCAUCGAUUCUGUGGCCUUGUCCAGACUGCUUGUGUUCAGCUCAUCCGUCCCCCCAUGUCCCUGAUGGAGGGGACCUCGAUUACCUGCCUCGUGAAUUAAGCAGCUCAUGAGCAAGCCGGUCAUUGAAGACCAUACAUACAUAAAGUCAUAGAGGGCUCAAGAAAGAGAUAGCGUAUUUAAUCGUCUGCUUCAUAGGUGCCAAUUUUUAUAUACUGCAAUGUGUAAUGGUUGGUUCUAAAUUGCUUGCUUGUUCCUUUUGGGGAAAAAAUGAUGGAUGUUUUAUAAAAAAAAAUGGCCAUAUUUUAUAUUUACAGUUAGAAACUGAUAGAUUUGAGUGGAGUGCUAGAACGCAAGAGGAUAGUUGUCGUGGCCAGUUUGUGUUUCUGGAAGUCAGGGGAGGACAGUCGGAGUGCGGCACUUUAUAGACCUGGGUGUUUCUUUAAUGUUGAAGCUUCCAGGGCCAGCUAAUACUUAGCACUUUGAAAGUUCCCCCUUUGGAAAAAACAAAAUAUAUAUAUAUACAUACAUAUGCCAGAAUAAUGAAAUGGGGGAGGGGCACUUGUGAAAACACAAAAUGUGUUUCUUCUGAAUGUUACAAAUGUAUUUUCAGAUCCGGUUUCUAUAGAUAACAUUAUGGUAGAUCACUGGAUAGUACGUUUCUUUUCGUCUUCCUGCAGCUGUCCAGUCAAAUCUCCCUGGGUGUUUGGGCUGUUUGAUUUCCUUAAAGAUAAUAUUAUCCAGUUAUCCAUCAUGCUCUAUCUAUAGGCUCUGACAUGUGACAUGUUGGGCGAUGCUGUAUUAUAAAACACAUGUAAACCUAUCUGUAACCUGUGUUUAACCCAGCAUAGUUGUAGCAUGUGGUUGUAUUAAUGAACGUCACAGGACCGCUUUCUACUCAUUUAUAAAUCUGUAACAUUCAAUAAAGAAGCACAUGU